AUGAAAAAUGGCGAAUAUACAAUCGUCCAAAGCAUCCCCAAUGAUUCACCGACCUUGAUAAAACCAUCCUUCCAUCCAUUAAUUUUGACAAAAAUCACACAUGAUCUCGUCAAAUUUAAAGCAAAAUUUGAUGGCAGGACAAUUGGUGGACAACGCUCAUUAAAAAUAAUUUUGGAAUCUGGAACUGAUUUGCCAAUCCCUUGGUGUCUAGAUGGUCUACUCAACGUAAACCUUCGUCCACCUCUUCCAACUUCCGAUCCAAGUGCUGAUAAAAAUGCUGACAUGGAAAUGAAAGCAACCGAAGCAAUUGAGAAAAUGCUUGAGAAAGAAACAAGCAAUACUGAGGUAAUAUUGCAAAUGAUGACAGAUGGACCAUCGAAGUGGAGGUGAUUAUAAAAGCUAAGACGAAAUAAAUUUGCCUGCAUGGAAGAAAAAACAGGCCACAACUACAGGUUCCUCUGUAUUAUGUUUGGUGUAUUUCACAAAAUCAGAAUAUCAAUUCUCGAUGCCCUAAUAUAUAUAGCUAUAUAAACUAUAGAUGUAAACACUGAGUGUAGUUCAAUCUUUUCUCUAUCUCUUAGAUUAAAAUUACUGAGAAAGGGAGAAAGAAAUCGGAACCUUCAGGAGAAAAAUAUCAGCAACGCCAACAGCUAGGUCUUCAGGGAAAAGGAAACGAAAACAAGCAAAAGAAAUGGCUUACAUGCAUGCAAUGA